AUGGUUGCAAAGAUUACUCUGGUUUUGGUCGCUACCUUCGCAAUUGCCCACUCCACACCUAUAGGGCAGACGAUAUGCGAGUCUCAGACAAUACCGAGUUUUCUGCCCAAGGCGUUUCCAUUUCUGCCCUUCGGCAGAAUGCCGAGCACGACAGUAUGCGAGUCAUCUCCAAACUACGGCCUGGGACUGAACUCACUUCCAUUUAUGCUCCCACAGUUCAACCCCAGUACCACGGUCUGUGAAAGCUCCAUGCCUCCGUCAACGACCAUUUGUGAAAGUGCAUCGUCCUUACCUUUGCCAAACAUGUUCCCGAAUAUGCCGUCUACCACUGUUUGCGAAUCGAAUAAUCCAAUGGGCUUAGGCGGUUUGGGAGGUCUCGGAUUGGGUGGUCUUGGCUUGGGCGGUCUAGGUUUGGGCGGUCUUGGUAUGGGCGGUUUAGGUAUGGGUUUGGGUGGAUUAGGUUUGGGCGGCAUGGGACUUCACCCAUUAAUGGGUGGUAUGCAUGGCAUGGGUUGGGGUAUGGGUGGUUUGGGCGGUUUAGGCGGUUUGGGAGGUCUUAGUAGCUUAGGCCUGGGAGGUCUGGGUGGUUUAGGUAUGGGCUUGCCCAUGCCACUGCUCUCUACUUUGAUGAACUGCAUCGGUAUAUAA